AUGGCGUUGCAAUACCCAUCUCCCCAUCGUCUGGUUGGCGCGUUGGCAUCUACCGUGAAGUUGCUAUUUCGGACUUUCGGACAACAGCACGAAGGCUACGCAGUUGAUUUCACCCACGGUUCUAAGCCGAUCUUCAAAUUUGCGCGCCGCUGGGCUUAUUUGGUCUCUAGCAACACGAAUAUACGAUGGCACCCAUUUCGUCACACGGUCGAUGAAAUUGAUAUCGGGCAAAUUAUGGCCAAAAAGAAGAAAAUCUUAACUGAAGGGUUUCGGUCUCCAUUCUAUAUACAAGCUACGCUUUUCCCAUUUCCCUUUCCUGUCAUCGAGGCAUCGGUCCAAAAGAAACUAAAAUUACGACAAGCGCGCUGGGCGCGGGUGCGAAUGAACAAAACCAUCACAGGCAUCUUCCUUCCAGGCAAAUCGGACAAAGCAUACUAG